AUGCUAGUAAAUCAGCAGUUAUCGGUUAAAGGAGGGCCCUGGAAAGACAUAUGUCAUUUGAAUAUAAAAGAGCAGAGGAUAAAAGACAAAAUGCUUACUGGCCUGGCGAUGGAGGUAGGGAAUGGGAGGAGUACCCUGUUUUGGGAAGAUAACUGGCUGCAAGGUGGCCCCUUGAAGGUGGCUUUUCCAAGACUAUUCUCUAUUUCGAAUAAGCAAGGAUCGAUAAUAGGAGAUUGUGGAUUUUUGGAUGGGCUUGAGUGGAUAUGGAAUUUUCAGUGGCGGAGAGAGUUGUUCGAAUGGGAGCUGGAACUUGUCCAUCAACUUCAUGAGCGGCUAAGGCCGGUGAAGCUGUUAGAUGGUAAAGAUGAUAAUAUGGUUUGGAAGUUUGAUAGUAAAGGGGUAUUUUCUACCAAGGUUGUUGUGCGGGUCCUACAAUCGGAGACUCUGUCGGAUGAGAUAACGAGCUACAGUUUCACAAGUUCAGUUUGGAGAGGAGUGAAGGAGAUAGAGUCGGUGGAGCAUUUAUUCCUCCUCUGUGAGCUAACAUGGCAGGUGUGGUGCAGUUGGUUGAGGUCUUUUGGGGAGGUGUGGCCUAUUCCUGGAACCAUAAGGGAACUGUUUGAGCGGUGGACCGGUAGGCAUAAGCAAAAACAAGAUCAGAAGAAAUGGUUGCCGGGGUUCUUUGCAGUUAUUUGGAACAUUUGGGUGGAACGCAAUGCUAGGAUUUUUCAGAAUCAGGAAACAGGUGUGGAGUUCGUAAUAAGGAAGACGAUGCCGAGCUACAACGAAUGGACCGAGAGUGAUCCUUUUGGUGGUUGA